AUGCAAGGUGUCAAGCUUAACCGGGUACAGCAGUUCAAGUACCUAAGUUCUACAGUGCAAAGCGACGGGGGAUCGGACAAGGAAGUUGAAAAGAGAAUCCAAGCGGGAUGGACAGCCUGGCGAAAGAUCACGGGAGUGCUAUGCGAUAGAAAGGUACCAGAAGAGCUGAAAGGCAGACUCUAUAAGACCAUGGUCAGACCGGCAAAGUUGUACGGGAUGGAAGCAGUCGCUGUGACAAGAGGCCAGGAGAAAAAGAUGGAGGUGGCGGAGAUGAAGAUGCUGCGAUUUGCACUCGGAAAGACCAGACUGGAUAGGAUUAGAAAUGACACCAUUAGAGAGACCAUUGGACAACGGACAUUACUCCCGGCUUUGAGUGGGUUCAAGGAUCAGAGUUCGAGUGAGGCUGUGUAG